GCCUUUACUGUUUAUCGUUACGUCCAUAUCUCGAUUAAGUGUUUAUUAAAGCGAAAAAUCAUUCCCGAUAUAUUCAGGAAAAGGGUUUGAUAAUUGUUCUUAGCUGUUAAAGUAGUGUGGUGUUGUUACUUAUUAGACUGACUGGUUCACGGAACUAGAGAUGCAGAUAAGGUACGUUAGUUGGUAUUCGAUAUUAAUGUCUUAAGUAGAUACAGUCAUCGGCGCCGUAUAUCGGCGAAGUAAUACGGUUUAGUCAUCUCAGCGUUUCGCGGAAACAUUAGAUAAGGUAGGUAUUAGUUAAGGCUUUCAUGUUCUAGAAACAUUAGGUAGACGUAGGUUAGCGUAUGUAGUGUAGGUAUUGAUUAACUGAGAUAAUCCCGGCCGAACUUCCCUUGGGUUAGGUACCCCUUGCCGCGUGGAUGGAUGGCAGGAUUCCUUCUGCGGGUCUUCUGUUUACGACGGCUAUAUAUAGGUACCUAGAUAGGGUAUAUCGCGAUGGCUUGGCGAUGACGAAUUAGCGUCCAGAUCCAUUCCUGCGGCGCGGGUAUCCGAGACUGCGGAACGCCGAGGGAAUGAAUAGCUUGUUCUGGAAGCUGGUGAGUUAUGUAGGAAUGGAGUGUGCUAGUUAGGUACUUAGUUGUGUUGGGUUUGUAUUAUAUAUGGAGAUGAGAUGGGAUGGGAUGGUAUCAGCGACCUGAAACGUCUUGGAUGGAAGGGAUUUGGCGUGGGUUUGGGUUUGGGAAUACGAGGGUUGGGAAUGGGGUUGUUUUGUACGUGAUAUUUAACAGUGUCGCUAAUUGGUUGGUUGUUAAGUUUUUGUGUGAGGUUCCAAUGCUUGUUGUUGUUAUUGUUGCUGUUGCUGGAGCUUAGUUGGUUUCAAUGUCUUAUUGACUAAAUUGGGAAGGACUUGAGCUUCAUAGCCUGUGGUAUUAGUUUGCGGAUUGAAUUCGCAUAGAUCCAAGAGAGAGAAAAGGAGAGGGAAAAAAACAUGUCUUGAAGA